AGUAGCCUUAAAAGGACAGUAUAAAUAUGAGUUCUUGACUCUUCACCAUUUUCAUGGACUUGUAGUUCUCUUCAUGUUGUUGUUGACAGAGACCCAUUAAACACAAACAACAACAUCAUUAGUUGAAUUCAUUGAUUCACUGUUACUUUUGUUGUCUUGUUGUGGUUUCUUUCCUUUCUACCAGGACUUUUCUUUAAGGAUCGUACAAUGUGGAGAGCGGCUCGAUCUGCGGCGUCGACUCUCCGCCGUACACGGCGGUUCUCUACGGCUAUUCCAGCUCCAAGUAUCGUCCACAAGCGUGGUGCUGAUAUUCUUCAUGAUCCUUGGUUCAACAAGGACACAGGUUUCCCUAUGACAGAAAGAGAUCGAUUGGGGCUGCGGGGUCUCCUCCCACCACGCGUAAUAUCAUUUGAACAGCAAUAUGAGCGCUUCAUGGAAUCAUUUCAUUCGCUUGAGAAAAAUACUGAAGGUCAACCAGACAGUGUUGUCUCAUUAGCAAAAUGGAGGAUCUUAAACAGGCUGCAUGACAGGAAUGAGACAUUGUACUACCGAGUUCUAAUUGAUAAUAUCAAAGAUUUUGCUCCCAUAAUAUACACUCCAACAGUAGGAUUGGUUUGCCAAAACUACUCUGGCUUGUUUAGACGUCCACGUGGCAUGUACUUCAGUGCCAAAGAUAAGGGAGAGAUGAUGUCAAUGAUCUUUAACUGGCCUUCUGCUCAGGUAGACAUGAUUGUGCUGACAGAUGGAAGCCGUAUUCUUGGCCUUGGCGAUCUUGGAGUUCAGGGGAUAGGUAUACCAAUUGGUAAACUUGACAUGUACGUAGCAGCUGCUGGUAUCAACCCACAAAGAGUGCUCCCAGUUAUGCUUGACGUUGGUACCAACAAUCAGAAGCUUCUGGAAGACCCUCUUUAUCUUGGGCUUCGACAACCUAGGUUGGAAGGAGAAGAAUAUUUGUCAAUAGUUGAUGAAUUUGUGGAAGCUGUUCAUGCUCGUUGGCCAAAGGCUGUUGUGCAGUUUGAGGAUUUUCAAGCAAAGUGGGCUUUUGAGACACUGGAUCGCUAUCGGAAAAAGUUUUGCAUGUUCAAUGAUGACAUACAGGGAACAGCUGGUGUUGCUCUUGCUGGGCUAUUAGGAACUGUUAGGGCACAGGGCCGGCCAUUGACUGAUUUUGCCAACCAAAAGAUAGUGGUAGUCGGAGCAGGAAGUGCGGGGCUUGGUGUUCUUAAGAUGGCAUUACAAGCCGUUUCCAGAAUGGCUGGACCAUCAGCAGAUCCCCACUUUUUUCUUCUGGAUAAAAAUGGUCUUAUCACAAAACAUAGGAAAGAUAUUGAUCCAGCAGCAUUACCAUUUGCUAAAGCCCAUCAUGAGAUUGAGGGGUUAGGACUACAGGAGGGAGCAGGUCUCCUUGAAGUGGUAAAAAAGGUGAAGCCUCAUGUGCUUCUUGGUUUGUCAGGAGUUGGAGGUAUAUUUCAUGAGGAGGUGCUGAGGGCCAUGCGAGAGUCAGAUUCUGUUAGACCUGCAAUUUUUGCCAUGUCAAAUCCCACAAACAAUGCUGAAUGCUGUCCUGUUGAUGCUUUCAAGCUUGCUGGGGAAAAUAUUGUUUUUGCUAGUGGGAGUCCCUUUGAAAAUGUCGAUCUAGGGAAUGGUAAGAUAGGCCAUGUAAAUCAAGCGAAUAACAUGUAUCUCUUCCCUGGCAUUGGUCUGGGAGCUCUUCUUUCUGGCGCUCGAAACAUAAGUGAUACAAUGUUAGAAGCAGCUGCUGAGUGCCUCGCGUCUUACAUGUCAGAUGACGAAAUCAAAAGAGGAAUCUUGUAUCCAUCCAUUAACGAUAUUCGGGAUAUUACAGCAGAGGUUGGAGCUGCUGUUUUACGGGCUGCUGUAGCUGAAGACCUGGCAGAAGGUCACGGCGAUGUUGGGGCAAGAGAGUUGCAGCAUAUGUCAAAGGAGGAGUCCAUUGAAUACGUGAGAAGUAAUAUGUGGUACCCUGUCUAUGGUCCUCUUGUUCACGAUUAAUGAAGCAACUCCUGGGUCGAAAUUUUAUGUGCACGAGAAGUGGAGUAAGGUCUGGCACUCCAAAUUACACGCAGUUAUGCCUGUUAAUGUCAAAUUUUCGCGAACUUAAUUGUUUAAGGUGUACAAUUGCAAGGACUAAUUUAAGCUGAAACAAGGAAGAGACGUGGGCUCUUCAAAUUUCAUUUUUGAAUGCACUUUUGUUGUAAGCCAUUCUUCUUGAUGUAACCUUUGUUUUUGGCUAGGAGAUGUAUUCGUUAUCUGAGAAUAAAAGCUGAUACCUUCUCUAUAUUGAACUUUAUUCA